CACUGAUAUAUAUUUAUGCACUGUUGGCAACCCUUGUCACUCGACUCCUGCCUGCUCCUGCCUGCUCGGCUCGCGGCUGUUCGUGUUCUUUCCCAGGGAGUCCGCCAUUGUUGGCGCACGUAUAUUUCUGACCAGGCAAACGAAAAUCGGACAACAUCCAAAAUGGUGAAUUUCACAGUAGACGAGAUCCGUGGGAUGAUGGACAAGAAGAAGAACAUCAGAAACAUGUCCGUCAUAGCUCACGUCGAUCAUGGAAAGUCAACUUUGACCGACUCCCUUGUUUCUAAGGCUGGUAUUAUUGCUGGCGCAAAAGCUGGUGAGACUCGCUUCACCGACACCCGCAAGGAUGAACAGGAACGUUGUAUUACAAUCAAGUCUACUGCUAUCUCCAUGUACUUUGAGCUUGAUGCUAAGGACUGUGUCUUCAUCACAAAUCCUGAUCAACGUGACAAAGAUGAAAAGGGUUUCUUGAUCAACUUGAUUGAUUCUCCUGGACACGUAGAUUUCUCAAGUGAAGUAACAGCAGCUCUUCGUGUCACUGAUGGAGCACUUGUUGUCGUCGACUGUGUUUCUGGUGUUUGCGUACAGACUGAAACUGUACUGCGUCAAGCUAUUGCUGAACGUAUCAAGCCUGUCCUAUUCAUGAACAAGAUGGACCGUGCUUUGCUCGAAUUGCAAUUAGAAAGUGAGGAUCUGUACCAGACCUUCCAGCGUAUCGUCGAAAACGUCAACGUUAUUAUUGCUACUUAUUCUGACGAUGAUGGUCCCAUGGGAGAAGUUCGCGUAGACCCAAGCAAAGGAUCUGUGGGUUUCGGUUCUGGGCUUCACGGUUGGGCGUUUACUCUAAAACAGUUCUCAGAAAUGUAUGCCGAGAAAUUCAAGAUCGACGUCGUCAAAUUGAUGAACAGACUUUGGGGAGAAUCCUUCUUCAACCCCAAGACCAAGAAAUGGAGCAAGCAAAAGGAAGCUGAUAACAAACGUUCUUUCUGCAUGUACGUCCUCGAUCCUAUCUACAAGGUGUUCGAUAGCAUCAUGAACUACAAAAAAGACGAAGCGGAGAGUCUUUUGAAGAAACUAGAUAUCACUUUGAAACCUGAAGACAAGGACAAAGAUGGCAAAGCUCUUCUCAAGGUCGUCAUGAGGACCUGGUUGCCUGCUGGAGAAGCACUACUUCAGAUGAUAGCCAUUCACUUACCAUCCCCUGUUGUAGCUCAGAAAUACCGUAUGGAAAUGUUGUACGAAGGACCUCAUGAUGACGAGGCUGCUAUGGGAAUCAAGAACUGUGACCCUAAUGCACCUCUGAUGAUGUACGUCUCGAAAAUGGUACCUACUUCAGAUAAGGGACGUUUCUACGCGUUCGGACGAGUCUUCUCAGGAAAAGUAUCCACAGGACAGAAAGCUCGUAUUAUGGGACCCAACUUCACACCAGGAAAGAAAGAAGACUUGUACGAGAAAGCCAUCCAGCGUACUAUUUUGAUGAUGGGACGUUAUGUUGAAGCUAUCGAAGAUGUGCCUUCCGGAAAUAUCUGUGGACUUGUCGGUGUUGACCAGUUCUUGGUUAAGACUGGAACUAUCACCACCUUCAAAGAUGCGCAUAACAUGAAGGUCAUGAAGUUCUCCGUAUCACCUGUUGUGCGCGUUGCCGUUGAACCCAAAAAUCCUGCUGAUUUGCCGAAACUCGUCGAAGGAUUAAAACGCUUAGCCAAGUCAGAUCCUAUGGUACAGUGUAUCAUCGAAGAAUCCGGAGAGCACAUCAUCGCUGGUGCCGGUGAACUUCAUUUAGAAAUUUGUUUGAAAGAUCUGGAAGAAGAUCACGCCUGUAUUCCAAUCAAAAAGUCCGACCCAGUCGUGUCUUAUCGUGAGACUGUGUCCGAGGAAUCGGAUCAAAUGUGUCUGUCCAAAUCACCCAAUAAGCACAAUCGUCUUUUCAUGAAAGCUCAACCCAUGCCUGACGGUCUUGCCGAAGACAUCGACAACGGUGAUGUCAAUCCAAGAGACGACUUCAAAGUACGUGCUCGUUACUUGUGCGACAAGUACGACUAUGAUAUAACUGAGGCUCGUAAAAUCUGGUGCUUCGGUCCCGACGGAACUGGACCUAACAUUCUUCUCGAUUGUACAAAGGGAGUCCAAUAUCUUAACGAAAUCAAGGACUCUGUAGUUGCUGGAUUCCAGUGGGCCGCUAAAGAGGGUGUUCUUUCCGAAGAAAACUUGCGAGGUGUCCGAUUCAACAUCUACGACGUAACACUACACGCCGAUGCAAUCCACAGAGGUGGUGGACAGAUCAUUCCUACUACCAGACGUUGUUUGUAUGCCUGUUUGCUUACUGCAGCGCCCCGACUGAUGGAACCUGUUUAUCUUUGCGAAAUCCAGUGCCCCGAAGUGGCUGUCGGUGGAAUCUACGGUGUGCUCAAUCGCAGACGUGGUCACGUUUUCGAAGAAUUACAAGUUGCCGGUACCCCCAUGUUCGUCGUCAAGGCUUACUUGCCUGUCAACGAAUCCUUUGGAUUCACUGCCGAUCUUCGCUCCAACACCGGAGGUCAGGCUUUCCCACAGUGCGUGUUUGAUCACUGGCAAAUUCUUCCCGGUGACCCAACUGAAUCUGGUACUCGACCAUUCCAGGUUGUACAGGAUACCCGCAAGAGGAAGGGAUUGAAGGAAGGACUUCCCGACUUGGCUUCGUAUCUUGAUAAACUGUAACCGGUUCAAAGAUACGCAGUGUAUUUAAAUAUCUAUUUAAAUAUUUCAAUUCAAUUAAUAUCAUUUCGAAGUUGCCGCGACACGUAUCCCAACACCUGAUAUCAGUUUUUUUAUUGAUCUUGUUUGCGCAAAAUACUGCCCUGGGCCUUGCAUUGUCGAAAUGCAACAACGGGUAUGUAUGGAAAAAGUGAUAAACAACAAAUAUUAUAAAAGAAAUAAUAAUAAAAUAAAGAUAUUGUAAUUAUGUCGGAAA